AUUCUUUUCUCAGCAAGAAAAAUGGAAGUAAAUCAGAACAUAAUCUACAGACCGGAUUUAUCGACAUUGUACGAUGAUGAACCUUCAUUAGGUCAUGUGAUGAUCAAGAAUUUGAUGCGAGUCGGUGACAAAACCAUGUUAAUUGAUGGAGUGACAAACGAGAAAGUGUCGGGAAAACAAUUGGUUGAGAAAAGUAUUGAAAUAGCUAAAGCAUUGACAGCUGUUGGUAUCAAACCCGGUAACGUGGUGUCAAUUGUGUCAGAGAAUCGUUUGGAAUUUGCUUAUGUGAUGUUUGGAACAAUUUUUCUAAAUUGCACUUUGGCACCGCUUAAUCAUACUUACAGUGAAAGAGAGCUGGAACAUGCCUUUAAUCUGUCGAAACCAAAAAUUGUGUUUGUUACUUCGAGCACAAAACAUCAAGUCUUGAAUGUAGUUAAAAAGUUGAACUUUAUCAAAAAAAUUAUUUUUCUCGACAAUGAUGGAAAUCCACUUGAGAUUUCGAAUGCCAAUUUAUGUGACUUUACCAAUUCGAAAACUUUACACAACAUAAGUUUUGUACCAAAAAGGGUUGAUACGUCAAAAGCAACUUCUCUAAUUAUGUGCAGCAGUGGAACGACGGGCUUCCCAAAAGGAGUUCAACUUUCUCAAUCAAAUCUAAUUGUAACCAUUCGUCACACAUUAGGACAUUUAUUGACAAAAGAUAAUGUUGGUGAUGAUGAGAUUGUCAUCCUUGGACUUUUGCCACUAUUUCAUGCAUUUGGAGCUGCAAUUAUGAUUUGUGUGAUGGCAACCGGAUUAGGAACAAUCGUCGUUCUUCCAAAAUUUGAAGAAGAUACUUUUCUCGAUUGUAUGCAAAAGUUUCAAUGUAACGUCGUUUUUAUGGUGCCACCACUGAUGGUUUUUCUAGCUAAGAAUGAAAUCGUUGACAGAUACGACAUCAGUGGCCUUAAAUUUAUUUUGUGUGGUGCUGCGCCAUUAUCAAAAGAGUUGGAGGAAUCUGUAAAGAAUCGUUUGAAAAAUCCUAGGAUUGUUAUCAAACAAGGUUAUGGAAUGACUGAGUUGACAGUCGGUGUGUUGACACAGAAAGAUAUCGUUAAACCAGGCAGUGUUGGUGAUGUUAAUUUUGGAGUUUACGCAAAAGUUGUUAAUGAAAACAAUCAAACGUUGGGGCCAUUUGAACAAGGCGAAUUAUGUUUCAAAGGAACUGUUCUUAUGCAAGGAUAUAUUGGCGAUGAACAAGCAACGAAAGCGACAAUAGAUGAAGAUGGCUGGUUACAUACUGGCGACAUUGGAUACUUCGACAAUGACUUGCAGUUCUUUAUUGUUGAUCGAAUCAAAGAAUUGAUAAAAUGGAAAGGUUAUCAAGUGCCACCUGCAGAAAUUGAAGCUUUGCUUUUGACCCACCCGAAGAUAAAAGAUUGUGGAGUAAUUGGCAAACCAGAUGAACUUGCCGGCGAACUUCCAUUAGCUUUCGUUGUUCGAAGUGAUGAAAGUUUAUCAGAAAAAGAUAUCAUAAAAUUUGUGUACAAAACAGCAUCACCAGCGAAACGACUUCAUGGAGGUGUCAUUUUUGUCAAUGAAAUUCCUAAAAAUCCAUCAGGAAAAAUUCUCAGACGCGAGCUUAGAGAUAUUUUGAAGCAACGUCAUGUGAUGAUCAAGAAUUUGAUGCGAGUCGGUGACAAAACCAUGUUAAUUGAUGGAGUGACAAACGAGAAAGUGUCGGGAAAACAAUUGGUUGAGAAUAGUAUUGAAAUAGCUAAAGCAUUGACAGCUGUUGGUAUCAAACCCGGUAACGUGGUGUCAAUUGUGUCAGAGAAUCGUUUGGAAUUUGCUUAUGUGAUGUUUGGAACAAUUUUUCUCAAUUGCACUUUGGCACCGCUUAAUCAUACUUACAGUGAAAGAGAGCUGGAACAUGCCUUUAAUCUGUCGAAACCAAAAAUUGUGUUUGUUACUUCGAGCACAAAACAUCAAGUCUUGAAUGUAGUUAAAAAGUUGAACUUUAUCAAAAAAAUAAUUUUUCUCGACAAUGAUGGAAAUCCACUUGAGAUUUCGAAUGCCAAUUUAUGUGACUUGUUGAACCCCGAAAUUUUACAUUCUGUCAACUUCCAACCGUUGUUGGUUGAUAAAUCAAAGACGACGGCACUAAUUAUGUGCAGCAGUGGAACUACUGGACUACCAAAAGGUGUUUUAAUAUCGCAAUCAAACUUGAUAGUUACACUUCGCCUCUUCAAAGAACAUUUUUUUGUUAAAUCAAAUGUCGGUGACAAUGAAGUUGUUCUUCUGGGAUUGCUGCCACUGUUUCAUGUAUUUGCUGCUGGAGCUAUGAUAGCAACUAUGGGAUCAGCAUCAGGAAGAAUCGUCAUCAUCCCAAAAUUUGAAGAAAAAUUAUUCUUGAAUUGUAUUGAGAAACAACGUUGCAAUGUAGUUUUCCUGGUUCCACCACUAAUGGUUUUCUUAGCGAAAUCUCCUUUACUAAAUAAUUACGAUCUUAAGAGUUUGAGAUUUAUAUUUUGUGGUGCAGCACCGCUUUCUAAGGAUCUUGAGAAUGCAGUGAGAAAAAGAUUGAAGAAUUCUCAACUUUUGAUUAAACAGGGCUAUGGAAUGUCAGAAACGACAUUCGGUGUACUAAUGCAAAAAAAUAUCGUAAAAGGUGGGAGUGUUGGUGACGUUAAUCCUGGAGUUUACGCAAAGGUCAUCAACGAGAAAGGAAUUUCGCUUGGACCUUUGCAAAAAGGGGAACUUUGUUUCAAAGGGAGUGUUAUUAUGAAUGGUUAUAUUGGAAACACAAAAGCAACGAGAGAAGUAAUCGAUGAAGAUGGCUGGUUACAUACCGGCGACAUUGGAUAUUACGAUGAAGACUUGCAAUUUUUUAUUGUUGAUCGAAUCAAAGAAUUGAUAAAAUGGAAAGGUUAUCAAGUGCCACCUGCAGAGAUUGAAGCUUUGCUUUUGACCCAUCCGAAGAUAAAAGAUUGUGGAGUAAUUGGAAAAGCAGAUGAACUUGCGGGCGAACUUCCAUUAGCUUUCGUUGUUCGAAGUGAUCCAGAAUUAACAAAGGAUGAAGUUAUUGAAUUUGUUAAAGAUAGUUUAUCUCCAGCGAAGCGACUUCAUGGUGGUGUUAUUUUCAUUGAUGAGAUACCGAAAAAUCCUUCAGGAAAAAUUUUGAGACGAAAACUUCGUGAUAUUCUCAAUCAACAAGCAACGAAAUCGAAACUUUAA